CGGAGGACGUGGGGGAGUUUUUGACCCGGAUAUAUCAGCUGUGUAAGUGGACACCGGAGUGCAACAUCAUGGCCCUCAUCCUCGUCAUGCGGCUCUUCCAGUACAAUCCUGACAUGACCCUCCACGCGGGGAACUGGCGGCGGGUCCUCUUGAUCGCUUUCAUGAUUGCCCAAAAAACGUGGGACGACCGAGCGCUGCGCAACAAGGACUUCCCACAAAUCUGGACGGCGGUCACGGGCUGGGACGAGAGGGAGAGUCCCAUCAUCCUGGAGGAGAUCAAUGAGAUGGAACGGGCCUUUCUCCGCAAACUCGACCAUCAGAUGUUCAUCGCUCCUUCCACUUACGCCUCCACUUACUUCGAGCUCUGUUCCUUGAUGCCUUCGGACGCCGAAAUUCGGCGACAGCUGCACCGGAUGAUCGAGUUGGCAGGUGCCACUUCCUAA